CAUGGGGUUGAACCCAGGCCCUUUCAGGCAGGCUGUUCCCCAAGUCGAGACCCUGCUUCAGCUUCCCAGAAUGCUGGGAUUGCAAGCAGGCGCCACGCCCUGCUAGCACCUGGUUUUCUUAACCACCCUAUGUUAGAGUGGGCGACCACCUGGAAAGGUCCUGAACUAGGCCAGUUUAGCAAAGCGUUGACUAGACUCUCGCUCUGGGGCUUUUAUUGCUGCGAAUGAGUUUUUGGGCUUCAAAAAGGCUGGGAUUGGUUGGCCAUUUGACCAAUCAGGAUCUGGCUUAUUUGCAUAGUAGAUACCAAACGUUCAGACACUCUAGAAAUAAAUGACUUCGCUCGUUCCUUAGAGAACUGUUUCUUCUACGGAAGGUAUACUGUGCUUCGUUGUUUACACAUUAACAGCGACUGGGGGCAGGGAAAAAAAAAAAUAGCACUGUGAUCUCACCCUCACCAAUUGCGGAGUUAAUGGAUACCCCAGAGGCGUUCCAGGCUGCCUUCCACAAGUGUUACAGCUCUUUUAGAAUUUGUCUAGCAGGUCUUCUGGCGUUUGGCGUCGGAAGACCCCCUCCCCAACCUCGUCUGAGUUUUACGUAAGAACCAUAUCACUUUUACUCCGACCAAGCUAUGUCGCUCAGACAGUUACAGAACCGCCCGCCCCAUAGCUGGGGAUGAUACAGGGGGACUUCCGGUUUGAGACGGAUACUUCGCUCCACCACCGCCUGCGCGUCUCUCGGAGCCUGCGCAUUCUACUCUGUUUCUGCGCGUCAUACGCGCCAGCCCAUGGCGUCGGUCUCCGGGCAGCCGGCGGCGCUGAGUGCUGAGCAGGCUAAGGUGGUCCUGGCGGAGGUGAUCCAGGCAUUCUCCGUCCCCGAGAACGCCGUGCGCAUGGACGAGGCCCGAGACAAUGCGUGCAACGACAUGGGCAAGAUGCUGCAGUUCGUGCUGCCAGUGGCCACGCAGAUCCAGCAGGAGGUGAUCAAGGCCUACGGCUUCAGCUGCGACGGCGAAGGUGGGCCCGCCGCGGGGCGGCAGCGGAGCGGGCGUCGGUCGGGAGGACCUGAGCUCAUCGGCCGAGGUGUCCUUAAGUUUGCCCGCCUGGUCAAGUCCUAUGAAGCCCAGGAUCCUGAGAUCGCCAGCCUGUCCGGCAAGCUGAAGGCGCUGUUCCUGCCGCCCAUGACACUGCCUCCCCACGGGCCGCCGUCCGGGGGCAGCGUGGCCGCCUCCUGAGGACUGCCCUUCCGCUGUGCACUGCUGAGGAGAGGGAGGCCUGGGUGUUGCGGAGGACAAUAAACGCUCCUGGGGUUGA